UUCAUGUAUGGGGGAAACACAAAGGAAGAAGCUGAUAUCUGUUGUGAUGGUUUCCAAACCACUUCUGUGAAAUGCAAUGGAGUCAUAUACCGAUAUUUCGAUUUCUACUGAUUAGGAGGACUUGGCAAGGACCAUGUUGAGAAUCAACGUGUGUGUUUGGAUUUUGUGGUUGUGCUAUACAGGUGGUCUCUGUGAGGAGGACACUUAUGCAUGUGAACUGCAACCGUGUCAGAAUGGUGGCGUCUGCGACAGCCAACAUGACGGCUACAGGUGCCUCUGCUCUCAACAGAACCAAGAUGGCCGACUGUACGGAGGUGAGAAUUGCACAGUCGCCCUCCUGGGCUGCAACGGCAACCGCUGCAAGAACGGUGGCAUCUGCUCUCCCCUCUUCCUGAACUACCGCCACACCUACACCUGCACCUGCCGCGCAGGCUUCACCGGCUCCAAGUGUCAGAUGUCAACCAUCUUCUCCUUCGAGACCAGCGGCUACAUGUAUGUGGAGACCCAGCAAUCGGACCCUGAAGUCCCUCUCAACGUCACCCUUAGCUUCAAGACGGACCGGCCUGUCGGCACACUCCUCCAGCGCCGGGUCGACGACCUGCUGCUCACCAUUGAGCUGGUAGACAGCCACUUACGCCUCAGCAUGCUAAGAGCUCAAGGGACAAGAAACCCAGUGGUCCUGGAGCUACCGCCGAGCGUGGCGGACAGCCAGUGGCACACGGUGGAGGCCUGGCUGGGAGGUGAGGAGGGGGGGAGUGGUAUCAGGCUGCUUCACUCCCCCUGCACUGAGGUGGGCUGCACCAGGGAGUUCCCCGCCACCGAGACACCCCUGCUGGAGCAAGGCUCCGGCCUACGAGAACCCAGCUCUGUCCGCCACAGCCUCUUUCUAGGAGGGGUGGGACUGGGCUGGGGCUCCGGUGGGGUGGCAGGGGAGAGGGAGGCUGAUGCUGCUGACCCGCCUGAUGCACCUGCCCCACCUAGCCCAGCUGCUUACUUCCUAGGCUGCUUCCGGGACGUGUUUGUGGAGUCACGGCUGGUAGUACCCGCCGCCGCCAACUCACCGGCUCAGGUCAACGUCACAGCCGGGUGCAGCGACAGGGACAAGUGUGAUGACAGCCCGUGUCAGAACCGGGGGCAUUGCGUAAACCAGGGAUGGAGGAGCUAUGUGUGCGAGUGCUACAGACCGUACGAGGGGACUACGGACUGCGCUGAGGAGUACAACACGGCCAGGUUCGGCAACGAGGAUGCGGCGAGUUAUGCCGUCUUCUCCGUGGAUGACCCCCCGGGUUCUGGCACCAUCGCCAUAUCCAUGUUCGUGCGCACGCGGCGCUCGAGCGGCCUCCUCCUGGUCCUGGCCAACAGCACCAGCCAGUACCUCCGCCUGUGGCUGGACGAUGGCCGGGUAAAAUUUCAGGUGAACAACUUAAAGAGCCUGUCGGGUCGGGUCGUGGUCAGCGACGGCCACUUUCACUUGGUGACGGUGCGGCUGGAGGGCGACUCGGUGACCCUGUUCCAGUCGGCCCAUAGCCAGGGAACCAUCCCCGUCCUGCCCGUGGUGGCUCAGCCGGGGGACCUGGUCUACGUCGGGGGCCUGGCCGACCAGAGAGCCUCGGCCUCCUUUGGAGGUUACCUGAAAGGCUGUGUCCAGGACCUGAGGAUUAACAGUAAACGGCUGCAGUUCUUCCCCAUAGCAACCCCAGUGGCCUCGUACGGCCUGGUGGAGCUGGUCAAUGUCACACAGGGAUGUACCAGUGACAACGCCUGUAGUAAAAACCCGUGUCUGAACAGCGGCGUGUGCUACGCCAUGUGGGACGACUUCAUCUGCAAUUGCCCUCCCAACACUGGAGGGCGUUGCUGUGAGGAGGUCAAGUGGUGUGAACUGUCUCCAUGCCCCUCGACCGCAGCCUGCCAGUCCCUCUCCCAGGGCUUUGAGUGUGUGUCCAACGUGACCCUCUGGAAUGACAGCAUACUGUCCUACAGAGGCAAUGAGAAGAUCAGCCGCAACCUCAGCAGCAUCCUCCUCAGUGUGCGAACCAGGCAGACGGACGUCACGCUACUACACGCUGAGAAAGGCUCUGAGUUCCUCACAAUCUCCCUCCAGGACUCUCGCCUGGUGCUGGAGCUACAGGCCAGCAGUGGCGAGGCCUCCCCCAAGCUGACUGUCCAGAGCCGAGGCCUUCUCAGCGACGGCCAGUGGCACACAGUGGAGAUCUCCAUGGAAGCCCCGGAUCUACAGACCUCCAGGUGGAUCAUGGUCCUGGAUGGGGGAAGAGAGGGAGGAGAGAAGGAGGUGUCCGACGCCACCUCUGGGAGCCUGGACUUCCUCAGGGAGGGAGUGGACAUCCUCUUGGGGGGUUUGGGGCCCGAGGCUGGGGGGAACCUGGCUGGAUGUCUGGGCCCCGUCCAGAUCGGUGGGCUCCCGCUGCCCUACUAUGGCGACACCGACCUGAACAUUCCCAGGCCCCAAGAGGAGCAGUUUGUGAGGAUCCCCGGUGUCGCCACCCCCCAAUAUGGCUGCUGGGGGGCCAGUGUGUGCUCGCCCAACCCCUGUCUGAACCAGGGGGUAUGUGAGGACCUCUUUGACCUCUCCCUCUGCAGGUGCCCAUCUGAGUGGAUUGGGCCACAAUGCCAGAAUGACGCGGACACCUGCGCCAUCAAGCCCUGCGUCCAUGGCAACUGCAGUGUCCUAGGGGAGGGUUACGUAUGUACGUGUGAGCCGGGGUAUGGGGGGGCCAGGUGUGAGAAAGAUGUGGAUACGUGUGAGAACAACAAGUGCGGCCCAGGGGCCACCUGUCUCAGGGGCCUCCUGAACUACUCCUGUCUCUGCCCCAGGAACAUGACCGGGCCCCUCUGCAAUGAGAAGGUUCCAGAAGUCCCGUGGUACAUUGAAAAGAUACCAUACCCCAACCUGCCUGUAUCCGUGUGUCCUGGCCACAGAUGGAACUACAGCUGCUUCAACGGGGGGAACUGCUCUAAGCUGGACAACACCUGUGAUUGUCUGCCAGGUUUUAUAGGGCAAUGGUGUGAGGUAGACUUUGAUGAGUGUGCGUCGGGUCCCUGUGAAUACGGAGGCUACUGCCACAACCUCGUCAACAACUUCCGCUGUGAUUGUGAGAUCAACUUUACAGGUGACCAGUGCCAGAUUGAUGUCAAUGACUUCUACCUGUAUCUGGCCCUGCUGCUGUGGCAAUACAUGUUCCAGCUCACAUCCUACCUCCUCUUGCACCUCGACGAUGGCCCCGAGAUCGAGUGGGUACACCAGCAGAUGGACGACAACUAAGGGCCUAUUGGGGCCAACAUGGACAACUAGGGGCCAUUGGGAGCCAACAUGGACAACUAGGGGCCAUUGGGAGCCAACAUGGGCUACGAAGAGUUGUUUGA